CGAUUGCGCCUUGCUCCAUCUAGGGAAUCGGUUGUUCUCAUGCGGCGCACUAGCAGCAUUGCAGCUGAUUGCAGCAGUUGCACUAGUUGCAGCAUAGCGCCGCCACCGGUAGCGCUCAAUGUAUUUUCGGUAAAGGUUAUGAAGCGUGGUGAAUGAGUAUAUGAUAAACAAUAAACAUUAAUUCGAUCAUAAACGUAAUGAAAAUUAAGGUAGAUAACUCGUAUUGAGGAAGUCGCGUGUUUUUAUCUAAUGCGCAAUGGAAGAGGUUCUUCAGCAGUUAGGGGUUGGAAUUCGCCCCGUGAACGAUCCCUACUUCGAAGAGUCCUACAAAGUUUGUAAAGUCUUCCAGAGAAAGGGUGUUACGAUUGACGACGAGGAAGAACUCUGUCACGAAGUGAUUAAGGAAUUCCCAUGUUAUGUUCCGGGAUGCAAGAACACUUUCCAAACGCUCUUCGAUUAUGAAAUACACUAUAAUAGCUCCCAUCGAUACGCUUGUACAGAAUGCAAAGUGUCCAAGCCGAAUCCACGGCUAUUGGAGAUUCAUAUUCAGGAAACGCAUGAUGCUUUCUUCAAAGUCUUAUCGGAGAAACAAGCCAUGUACCAGUGUUAUGACUCCGAAUGUGACAUAAAGUUCAACAAUCCAGUGGAAAGGAAGGAACAUUGCAUUAAAGUACAUAAAUUUCCAAAGAAAUAUCGGUUUGAUGAUACACCAAUACAUUAUAGCAAGGAAGAUGAGUCAAAUAAAAUGGAUGUUGAUGUUGUUAAUAAUAAAAAGAAGAAGAAACCUGCCAAAAUAUUUUUGAAUAAGAAUCAGAAAAGCAGGAUGUUCACAAAAGAUAGCACCAGUGCUGUCUGCAAAAAUAAUGAUAGUGUAGAAACAGUUUCAUCAAUUCCCAUCCAAUCUAAAAAUACGUCAUUAGUUUUUAUCCCUAGACAAGUACAAAAAUCCUUUUCAAAGGUACUUACAAAUAAUCAAAAUGGAGAAAAAAAUGUUCUCGAAUCAGAUGUUAUGAUGGAACUUGCAAAUUCAUUGCCUGAUUGACAAUUUGUAAGGUAAUUUUUAAUUUUUAUUAACUUUAAUAACUUUUUAAUUCUGUAAAUAAAAUGUUCUUUGAUUUUUAUGUAAUUAUAAUCUAAGAAUGUAGUAAUCUUAUUUAAAUAAAUUUUAAGAAAAUGCUGUUUUA